AUGAUCUCAACAUCAGAUGCUUUAGUUGCUGUAGCAGACUCUAUUUUAGAGAAAAUCACUCAAUUAGGGCCCGUUGAAAUUACAAAAAAAGGCCGCAAAUACAAGUUUGUGAACAAUACAUUCCAACGUAUUCAGAAGGAAGACAAGCAUUUAAUCAUACACCCAGAAGAUCUCAAUAAAAACUUUGCUGCUCUUCUGGCCCACAGAAUAUUGAGUAGUAUCUCUCCGGAUAUGCUUACCACUCAUCGUGAUCUAUCACUCAUGAUCAUAGGUGUUGCAGAUCAAUUGGAGAAAAAUGGUUGGUAUGAGGAGGAAAACUCAUCGGUCAUAAACUACAAAGCGCUGAAGUUCGUCUAUAUUGAAGAACAUGCAGCUACUGCUAUUGAAUUUGCUCAGUCUGUCACAGAUGAGCAUUUGGCCAUGGGCUACAAUAUACUCUAUUGUUCGAAAUUAAAUUUCUUUCACACCGAUCAUCACAUAGGUACAAGACUUGAAGGCCAUCACAUGCGUCUGUAUGUUGAAAAGUUUUUCGGUGAAGACGCGUUAGAGCUGCCUGAAGUACUUACCGCUCUCAAAAGUUUCGUGCACUGGGCCAACAUCAAGGGAUUCUUAUAUAAAUUGGACGUGGACAGUAUUGAUGUCGAUAAAACAGAGAAACAGAAAUUCAGCAAGCUUCCAGAUCCACCAGCAGAGCUCAAAGAUUAUGUCUACGCCAGACCUCCUUCAGGGACAUCGAAAUACUUCUUAGUACGCAAAGCUAUGAACACAAUUCUCGAAAACCCAUAUUCACAACUAAUACCAUAUCCACAAAACGGUGAAUUACCAGAUCCCGCAUCAAUUUAUUGUUUGUGCCAGGAAAUUCAGAAAGAUCCUGUGAGAUACCAUUUGAGGGCCGAGGUAAAGAGACUUGCCAGAGAUCCGAUAAGCUUAGCAGACUUAUCACAACAACACGACAAAUCAGUAAAAGUUCUUUUACAGAUUGUGAGUCUAGUCAUCAACACGUUCACAGGUAUUGGUUGUGAGUUUCUCUUGCUGAAUUCGAAGAUCCCCAAUCUAGGGGAUUUGUGGAUGGAGGGUCACAGCGAAUACUACAAGCAAUUGCUAGAACUACAUGACAAAGUUGCCGAGUACGAGGACAAAGGUUGGACACCAUUAGAUAUAGUUAACCGCUUAAAACAGGAAGGGUGUCAGUCCAUGCACGAACGAAUUUUGGAUCUCCGCAACCAGUUCCCUGAAGACUCAAGAGCUGAAACAUAA